CACAGCCCACAACAACUUUUUUCACAGCUCACCGCCCAACCAAACACACCCUUAGUCUAGCAUACUCUAACCACCAUCCAAUUAGUCUCCUUAUAUGUGUAAUUAGCUUAGCAAUUAGCUAUAUUUAAUCCUAUUUAGCAUAAAAAUUGGCUAAAGCUUAGCCCCAAGAUCCAAAUAAGAACCCCAUAGAUAGAAAGAGCACAUAUCAAGUACAUCUCGUAUCCGGUAAUGCGUGCGAAGAAGGUGGCGUAGAAUCCGGCAAUGGUCAAGAUCCCCAUGGCCUGAGAUGCACAAGCAGCGGCCCACAGAGCUGACAGAACAUGGCCGUGAUCUCGGACAAGAGCAUGAGCGUCCCGGAAGUGAAGUGAGCCAGGCCGUAGGCCCACGUGUCAGGGAUACCCUUAUGCACACGAGGCUUGGGCCUUAUUGGGCACCCAGCCAGCCCAGACAGAAGAGAGAGAGAGGCGCUAGAUCCAUCCGACGAAAUCCCCUCCGAUCUGCCGCACCGGAGGAGGAGCGCCGCCGGUUUGCUCCGGCGAUGGAUCGCGACGGCCGCCCGGGUUGGCUGCCGUCGCUGGGCUUCGCCUUCCUCAGCUUCAACUGUGGGAUGGCCGUCUACCGUUCCUGGGACGACCCCUCAUCCGUCGCCUUCGUCGUCGUCGCCUACGUCGCGCUCAUCCUCCUCUUCCGCUGCCUCCACCUGCUCGAGCGCGCCGGCCCAGGCCACAGGGGCGGACAAGGCAUCAAGCUCGCCGUCUGGGGACUCUCCACGCUCCUCACGCUCAUGUUCUCAUCCAAGGUCGCCGACAUCAUGCCGCUCUGGGCGCAGCUGCUCGUCUGGGCCAUGGGGAUCUUCACCAUCGUCGCGGGCUUCUACGCCUUCUUCCUCGCACGCCCGGACGCACCUUGAUCUCCUCGAUUCCUCCUCGACCCACCACCACCGAAUGGAUACUUUAUCAGCUUGAGCUUCCAUUUACGUGGCCUAUGUCGUUGCAGCAUCUGGGAGGAGCCCGGAAAGAUAGUAAGUCGGAUGAACAUACUGGCAGUAGCUUUGAAUAAAUGAAACUCCGAUGUUUGAGAACAUUAGUUUGUUAUAAUACCCUGGAGAGCUUGUUUUUGUGUUGAAAGGUUUGACAUUAGAAAGAGAUUUGCUUCUUUGAGCACCUCAGACAAUGGGUUUUGGAGGUGGCAGAUCCUCCGCUUUUCCCGAAAGUUGUGUCUGCUUGAACGAAGUGCUACAUGUAACAUGUUUGCAAGAGCCGGCUCGCACCAAGCACAAGGCCACAACUGAGGGCUUCUUUGUUGGUAAUGGAAUGGAAUGUAAUUUAUGAAAAGUUGUUCGAAGUCUUCCUUGAGCUAUGUUCGGAUCAUGUAUGAAACAAAUUUGCAAGAAUUUCAACUUUUGUCCAAUCGGUUUA